UUUUGCUUCUUCCUCUUUCUUUUUCUUCUUCUUUCAUUUUGCUUCCGUCUCUAGAGAACAACACACAACAAAAAAGAAGAAAACGCAAAAGUGUGAAGAAAACACGCAAGUGUGAAGAAACGAAAGUAAAGAGGGGAGAACAAAAGGCCCAAAAAAAAGGGUUAGACGAUGGGGCAAUGUUCAUCGACGACAAAGAUGAGGAGAAAGAGGAAAAGGGAAGAAGGAGGUUGCAGUGAAUCGAUGGAGAGGAAUAAAGGAUGUUUAGCGAUGGUGAAAGAGAGGCGUUCUAGGUUUUAUAUUGCCAGAAGAUGUAUUCUUAUGUUGCUUUGUUGGCACAAAUACGCCAAUUCUUGAUGAGGUUUGUGUUUUUCUUACAAGUAAAGAUACAAAGGUAUAUAUUUAUAUACGAUUUUGGAUAACUGUUUUUAUCACUGUUUAUAGCUUUCUUCUUUGAGAGUUUUUUUUUUAAGUUUCAAAGUUCCCAGCUUUAAAAUUUUUCUUAGAGUUUUUUUUCUUUUAAAGUUUGUAAGUUCCAAUCUUUAAUUUGGAAUCUCUACCGAGUAGUUUCAAACAAGUAUCUGCGUACAAU